CAUAAGAAUCACCUCCAAAGACCCUGAUUUGGUUGGGCUAGGUUGGGACCCAGGAAUCUACACUUGUAAUAGAUAGAUUCUGAUGAUGGUAGUCCCUGAGACAGCACUUUAAGAAAUAUUGGUCUGGGGCUUCCUAGGUGGCGCAGUGGUUAAGAAUCCGCCUGCCAAUGCAGAGGUCAUGGGUUCGAUCCCAGCUCCAGGAAGAUCCCACAUGCCGUGGAGCAACUAAGCCCAUGUGCCAAAAAAAAAAAAAAAAAAAAAAAGAAAUACUGGUCUGGGGCUGGACUGUAGGGACUGUCUUUCUCCAUCUUGUACCCUUAAUUCCUGGUACACUGCCUGAUAGAAGGUUGGUGUUCAACGGAUGUGGGCCAAGUGAGUGACCACCGCCAAAGAAGUCAGGGCCACGUGCUCUAGUGUUUACAGAGAAGUGGUGCCAGUGGGGGAGGGGGGUGGUGAAUGUCCAUGUCUAACACCUCCUCUCACAAUGUCCUUCUUUACACCACGUGUGAAACUCUGACUUAAAACUUUCUGCAGCUGUUUUUUCAUUUUUUGAUUUAAAAUGGACAUUAUACUAACACCACUUUAUUUUUAAUAGGGAGAAAGAACAAGAAACACAAAAAGAGGAACGUUUGAUGGAAGAAAAGAAAAAGAAAAAGCAGGAAGAAAAGAAAAAGAAGGAAGGUGCUCAGAAAAAGGCUGCUGAUCAAAAAACCAAAGUGCCAGAACCUACUAAGACCUGUUCAAGCCAGCCCCAACCUGCCGGGACCAGUACCAGUACUUCCACCAGCACUCUCUCCAGCAGCAGCAAUGGCAAACGCACGUCUGCCGGCGGCCAGCAGCCAGCUGCAUCCCGUUACCUGCCUCGCGAGGUGCCUCCACGCUUCCGCCAGCAAGAACAGAAGCAGCUGUUAAAGAGAGGUCAGCCACUGCCCACAGGGGCUCUGACCAGCGUGAGCCCCACCCAGGGUGCCGGGCCUGCAGGGCUGAGCCCUCCGCCGCUGCCUGGAGCCGGAGCACAGCCGCACCCCAGUAAGCCCCAACCAGAUCUCAGCCACAGCGGACUGGUGGAGCAUUAUGAAAGUUCCCACUGGGGACAGCAGCCCACGUACAGAAGCGAAGCCAGCUGCGGCUGGGAUAAAGUGAUAAUAGACAGGACUGAUAAGGAGGCGUGGCCUUCCAUCACGGGAACAGAGACUGAAUCUGCCUCAGAAUGUGCGACAGACACUGACUCUGCCUCCAACUGUGGCUCAGAGAGCAGUAGCAUGGCUACAGGGAGCGCCCAGGGCAGCUUCACUGGACAUACCAAGAAGACGAACGGCAAUAAUGGCACCAACGGCGCACUCGUCCAAAGCCCUUCUCAUCAGAGUGCCCUUGGGGCGGGGGGAGCAAACGGUAAUGGAAACGCUGCCCGAGUGUGGGGCGUAGCCUCGGGCUCCAGCUCCGGCCUGCCGCACUGCUCCCUCGGUGGUGGGGAUGGAAAGAUGGACAACAUGAUCGGAGAUGGGAGAAGUCAGAACUGCUGGGGUGCUUCCAGCUCCAAUGGUGGCAUUAAUCUUAACCUUAAUCCCAACGCCAACCCAGCUGCCUGGCCUGUACUUGGACAUGAAGGAACUGUGGCGACAGGCAACCCUUCCAGUAUUUGCAGUCCAGUCAGUGCCAUAGGUCAAAACAUGGGCAACCAGAAUGGGAACCCAGCAGGCACUUUAGGUGCUUGGGGAAACUUGCUGCCGCAAGAGAGCACAGAACCACAAACGUCCACUUCUCAGAAUGUGUCUUUCAGCGUACAACCUCAGAACCUUAACACUGAUGGACCAAAUAACACUAACCCCCUGAACUCAUCACCAAACCCUAUCAAUGCAGUGCAGACAAACGGACUGCCAAACUGGGGCAUGGCUGUUGGUAUGGGGGCCAUCAUCCCGCCCCACCUGCAAGGCCUUCCUGGUGCUAACGGAUCAUCAGUUUCUCAAGUCGGUGGGGGUGGUGGUGAAGGAAUCAGCAGUUCUGUGUGGGGACUGUCCCCAGGUAACCCUGCCACAGGAAAUAGCAAUUCUGGGUUCAAUCAGGGGAAUGGCGACACUGUGAACUCAGCAUUAAGCGCUAAGCAGAACGGCUCCAGCAGCGCUGUGCAGAAGGAGGGAAACGGAGGAAACGCAUGGGAUUCGGGACCUCCUGCGGGUCCUGGCAUCCUCGCCUGGGGGCGGGGCGGUGGCAACAACGGCGGUGUUGGUAACAACCUCCAUUCGGGAGCUUGGGGCCACCCCAGCCGAAGCACCUCUAACGGGGUGAACGGAGACUGGGGCAAGCCCCCAAACCAGCAUUCCAGUAGUGACAUCAGCGGGAAAGGAUCUACAGGGUGGGAGAGUCCGAGUGUCGGCAGCCAGCAUCCUGCCGCGCAGCCUGGCGGCGAACACGUGAACUCCUGGGCCAAGGCCGCGUCUUCUGGAACAACGGCAAGUGAAGGAAGCAGCGACGGUUCUGGCAGCCACAACGAGGGAAGCACUGCGAGGGAAGGAGCAGAAGGCCGAAGGCGAGACAAAGGGAUUCUAGACCAAGGGCACAUCCAAUUGCCAAGGAACGAUCUCGACCCCAGAGUUCUGUCUAAUACUGGUUGGGGACAGACUCCAGUAAAGCAAAACACUGCCUGGGAAUUUGAAGAGUCCCCAAGGUCUGAGAGAAAGAAUGACAAUGGGACGGAGGCCUGGGGCUGUGCAGCUACUCAGCCUUCAAACUCAGGGGGGAAGAACGAUGGGUCCAUCAUGAACAGUACAAAUACCUCUUCAGUAUCGGGGUGGGUCAGCUCACCGCCUGCUGCUGCGCCAGCAAACACAGGUUGGGGAGAUGGCAGCAGCAAAGCGCCAAACGGCCCCGGGGUUUGGGGGGACGCGAUGAGCUCUACUGCUGGUAAUAAUGCUGCUGCUGCCAAGAGUGGCCACGCCUGGAGCGGGACCGUGAAUCAGGAGGACAAGUCACCCACCUGGGGGGAGCCCCAGAAACCCAGGUCUCAGAACUGGGGGGAUGGACACAAAGCGAGUCCGGCCUGGAGCGCAGGAGGGGGAGAUUGGGCAGAUCCGUCUUCUGUCCUCGGACACCUGGGGGAUGGGAAAAAAAGUGGCUCUGGAUGGGAUGCUGAUGGGAAUCGAUCAGGGUCUGGUUGGAAUGAGGCUCCAAGGUCCGGGACCAGUGGCUGGGGCAAUGGCACAAACGCGAAGGCGAAUCCAGGGACAAGCUGGGGAGAGUCAUUAAAACCCGGCCCCCAACAGAACUGGGCAAGCAAACCCCAAGACAGCAGCGCGAGUAACUGGGGAGGAGCCACUUCCGUUAAACAGGCAGGAACAGGCUGGAUCGGGGGGCCAGUCCCUGUCAAACAGAAGGACAGCAGUGAGGCCACGGGCUGGGAAGAACCCUCCCCGCCAUCCAUUCGACGCAAAAUGGAAAUUGAUGACGGUACCUCAGCUUGGGGCGACCCAAGCAACUACAACAAUAAAACUGUAAACAUGUGGGACAGAAACAACCCAGGCAUCCAGAGCAGUGCCUCGGCCAGCACCACCGCCACCACCACCGCCACCACGAGCACCAACGCGAACGUGGCCGAGGCGCCCCCGGCGCACCAGGCCAGCGCCCAGCUGAACCGCUCGCCGCUGCUCGGUCCAGUUUCGUCAGGCUGGGGAGAAAUGCCUAAUGUUCAUUCAAAGGCUGAAAACUCUUGGGGAGAACCAUCCUCCCCUUCUACCCUGGUUGAUAACGGCACAGCAGCGUGGGGUAAGCCGCCCAGCAGCGGCAGCGGAUGGGGGGACCAGCCCACCGAGCCGGCAGUGACAUUUGGAAGAGCCGGCGCCCCUGCUGCCGCGCCAGCCCUGUGCAAACCAGCUUCAAAAUCUAUGCAAGAAGGCUGGGGCAGCAGCGGGGAUGACGCGAACCUCGGUGCCGGUCAGUGGGAAGACGAGGACGGGGGCAUGUGGAACAACGCCGCUUCCCAAGAGAGCACCUCCUCCUGCAGCUCCUGGGGGAACGCCCCCAAAAAAGGACUCCAGAAGGGCGUGAAGACAUCUGGCAAGCAGGACGAGGCCUGGAUCGUGACCCGGCUGAUCAAACAACUCACAGACAUGGGCUUCCCGAGAGAGCCAGCUGAAGAGGCCUUGAAGAGUAAUAAUAUGAAUCUUGACCAGGCCAUGAGCGCUCUGCUGGAAAAGAAGGUGGACGCGGACAAGCGUGGACUGGGAGUGACCGACUACAAUGGGAUGGUCCCCAAGCCCCUUGGCUGCCGCCCACCCAUCUCCAAAGAGUCUUCCGCGGACCGCCCCACCUUCCUGGACAAGCUCACGCUUUCUUUCCCCAAUCAGGAUGGCGGCCUCGUGGAAGAGCCCACGACUUCACCAUUUUUGCCUUCACCAAGCCUGAAGCUCCCCCUUUCCAACAGUGCACUCCCUAAUCAGGCCCUGGGCGGGAUUGCCUCAGGGCUGGGCAUGCAAAACUUGAAUUCUUCUAGACAGACACCGAGUGGCAACCUGGGCAUGUUUGGCAGCAGCGGAGCAGCACCAGCCAGGACCAUGCAGCAGCCGCCGCAGCCGCCCGUGCAGCCCCUGAGCUCCUCCCAGCCCAGUCUCCGUGCUCAAGUGCCUCAGUUUCUAUCCCCUCAGGUUCAAGCACAGCUUUUGCAGUUUGCAGCAAAAAACAUUGGUCUCAACCCUGCACUAUUAACCUCGCCAAUUAAUCCUCAGCAUAUGACGAUGUUGAACCAGCUCUAUCAGCUGCAGCUGGCGUACCAACGUUUACAGAUCCAGCAGCAGAUGCUACAGGCCCAGCGGAACGUUUCCGGACCCAUGAGACAACAGGAGCAGCAAGUUGCGCGCACAAUCACUAACCUGCAGCAGCAGAUCCAGCAGCACCAGCGCCAGCUGGCCCAGGCCCUGCUCGUGAAGCCGCCGCCGCCCCCGCCGCACCUGUCUCUGCACCCCUCUGCAGGCAAAUCGGCCCUGGACAGCUUCCCCCCCCACCCCCAGGCCCCUGGCCUCCCCGACCUGCAGACCAAAGAGCAGCCGUCUUCACCCAACACCUUUGCUCCCUACCCUCUCGCUGGACUGAACCCAAACAUGAAUGUCAGCAGCAUGGACAUGACUGGUGGUUUAUCAGUGAAGGACCCGUCUCAGUCCCAGUCACGCCUCCCUCAGUGGACACACCCCAACCCCAUGGAUAACCUACCCGGUGCUGCUUCUCCACUUGACCAGAACCCCAGCAAGCAUGGUGCUAUCCCUGGAGGCCUGAGCAUUGGGCCUGCAGCGAAGUCCUCCGUCGACGACUCCUACAGCCGGUACGACUUAAUCCAGAGCAGUGAGCCACCAGCCAGUCCUCCUGUGGCUGUUCCCCAUAGCUGGUCACGUGCCAAAUCUGACAGUGAUAAAAUCUCAAAUGGCUCCAGUAUCAACUGGCCCCCAGAAUUCCACCCUGGAGUUCCCUGGAAAGGACUUCAGAAUAUAGAUCCCGAGAAUGACCCUGAUGUCACUCCUGGAAGUGUCCCCACCGGGCCUACCAUCAAUACCACCAUACAGGAUGUCAACCGCUACCUCCUCAAGAGUGGAGGGUCCUCCCCACCAUCAUCUCAGAAUGCCACGCUGCCUUCCUCGAGUGCCUGGCCGCUUGCUGCCUCCGGCUACAGUCGCUCUUUCAGCAGCCUUGCGCCCACUCCUAGUAUUGCAGGUAAACUGUCAGACAUUAAAUCGACGUGGUCUUCUGGCCCUGCCUCCCACACGCAAGCCUCUCUGUCUCAUGAACUGUGGAAGGUGCCCAGAAACACUACUGCACCCACAAGGCCGCCUCCAGGGUUAACCAAUCCCAAGCCUUCCUCCACCUGGGGAGCCAGUCCCCUCGGCUGGACCAGCUCUUACUCCUCGGGUUCUGCUUGGAGUACUGACGCCUCGGGAAGGACAAGCAGCUGGCUCGUUCUCCGCAACCUCACACCCCAGAUCGACGGCUCCACCCUGCGGACGCUGUGCUUGCAGCACGGGCCUCUCAUCACAUUCCACCUGAACCUGACGCAAGGCAACGCUGUGGUCCGGUACAGCUCCAAGGAGGAAGCCGCCAAGGCCCAGAAGUCCCUGCACAUGUGUGUUCUGGGAAACACUACCAUCUUGGCCGAGUUCGCCGGCGAAGAAGAAGUGAACCGUUUCUUAGCCCAAGGCCAAGCACUGCCGCCCACCUCCAGCUGGCAGCCCAGCACCGGAAGCAGCCAGACGCGGCUGGGCGCCUCGGGCAGCUCCCACGGCCUGGUGCGCAGCGACACUGGCCACUGGAACGCCCCGUGCCUGGCAGGCAAAGGGAGCAGCGACCUGCUGUGGGGCGGGGUCCCCCAGUACUCGAGCAGCCUGUGGGGCCCCCCCAGCAGCGACGACGGCAGGGUCAUUGGAAGCCCCACCCCGCUGAACACUCUGCUUCCCGGCGACCUCCUCAGUGGGGAGUCCAUCUAGCCCCCAGAGGCCCCGCGGGCGCCGCAGUCAUCAGCACUAGGGAGGAACGCUGACCCUUUCCAGUCCGGGCGUCGCUGAGGACCCCGCUUGACCCGAGCAGCCCGGCAGCCCUUUUGAGUACCUCUGUCCCGUACUGAAGACGAACCUGGGCCGCAGUCCUUGCGAACUGUUCCCGAGACAGUGCGGGCUGCGCUGGGUCAGUGUCACGUGUAACGACAGGAUGCUUCUCACAGCUUUUUAUUUUGUGUCGUCUUAUGUUCGUAUGGUGUGCUGUCAUUUUGAUUUUUUAAGUAUAAAAGCUGCUUAGAAUAGUUCUAUCAUGAAGGGCACUUUUCAGAUUGUGGGCUGGAAA